GCCCGGGGAUUGCAGCCCGAGGGGUCGAAAGGAGAGAAGGGAUCCGGCUGCCGAGCGAUGCCUCCCGCAGGGACGACCGCCGCGCCCGCUGACGACGCCGCUCGGCUGCUGACGACGCCCGUCCGGCCUCUCGGAGCCCCUGAAGCCUUGGCAAGCCCCAGUUUUGGAAGCGCGACCAAUAAAUCCGAAAACGGCUCUCCCAAAGAUGGAGGAGGACACCUUGAAUACAUCGCCUAUUUCCUGAUUCCGGUAUUCUUCCUCAUGGGGCUGUUAGGGAUUUUAAUUUGCCACGUGCUUAAGAAAAAGGGCUAUCGGUGUACGACCGAAGCAGAGGAAGAAGACGAACAGCUGGGGGAAAAGAUAGAAUUGAACGACAGCGUCAAUGAAAACAGCGACACGGUGGGACAGAUAGUUGAUUAUAUCAUGAAAAACGAAGCCAACGCAGAUGUGCUGAAAGCUAUGGUGGCUGAUAAUCCUGUGUGUGAUCCAGAAAGCCCAACCACGCCAGGCAGCCCAACGAGUCCAGGUUCUCCAUCAUCUCCUGGAGGUCCUUUGUCAAAACACACUUGCCGAGGACACCACUUGCACACCAUUGGCGGGGUGGCCUCGACAGGCGCUUGUUCUCGUUGCAGCCAUAAACGGUGGAAUCUCUUCAGUCCAAAUAAAAGGGGCAAAGAAGGCAAAAGACCCCGACAUGGACAGGUCACCGUACUCUCCGUGGGAAGAUUUCGGGUUACCAAAGUGGAAGCUAAGACUCCUGCGAAGGACCGAAAACACUUGGUGUCCAUCGGUGACGUGCCUUCGACCCCACUGAAAGAAGGAUCUAAAGAACAGUCAGCUUCCCUUCCUGUCACACCGGAAUCGAAAGAGCCUCCGGAAUCGACUCCGACCAAACAGGGAAAGGCCGUGAGAUCGGAUUCAGGAUAGCAAAUUUGGGGGCAGAAAAUGAUAGCAGGACAUGUCAGGGUUAGAGAAAGCAAGAAAGACCAUUGGAAGGGAGCUCAAAAAAAACCCUACUUCUCGAGGAGGUAUUUGUGAAUAGCCACACCGUGGGCAGCUUUCGCUAACGGAAUCUCUGCACCGUUCGGCCCCAGAUAUUUAACAUAUUGUUAAUAACGGAAUAUCGAAUGGCAUUUAGUCAUCUAAAGGCUGCCGGAAUGUACUGCCUGCAGUUUUAUAUAUCUAUGUUUAAAAAUGCCUUUUUAUUUUGUUCCCCCUCUCCUGAACAAAGCAAGAAGUUAAUGAAAACUCUCUCUUGGAACCCGGGGAGGGGGAGGGGAUCCAAAAACUCUUCCCCACCCCCCCAAGUGUCUCGUGUGUGUGUUGCACGGCAUGAGGUUGAAGCAAAUGAUGAAUCCGUGUAAUCCCAUCCCGCUCGUUUCUUGAGAAUAGGGGAAGGGAAACGGUGAGCCGUGUUUUCGCCUUAAUUUAUUGCGGAUGUCCCAACGGCUGCUAAAUAUCAUCAUCUCUUCAUUUAACAACCUCAUAAUCCCUUGCGGGUUGGAAUCUGGGCAACUGAAUGGAGCUGAGUGUUUAUUGGCCGGAUGCCCUUCCUGUUUCCAAUGAGGAGUUUUGUUCAGCAGAUAUAUUCUCAACAUACCCAGAGAGAGAAAUAUCUGCCUCUACCUAGGAUCGAACUCACAACCUCUUGAUUGUGAAGCGAGAGUUCCACCUCUAGGCCACCGCACCACUCCAACAGCUGCUAAAUAACGCACUGCCUUAAUUACAUUUAUUCUGCGACUUUACUGUCAUUGCUGGUUUGGUUCUCGAAGCCGAAUUUAGCAUAUUUCUCCAAGCUCGGUUUGAGUGUGCUCGACUGAAUUUUUGUGGAUGUGUCCGAGAAGUAGUUGGAGGCCAGGCGUGCAAAUGUAUUCUUAACUUUAUGACUAUGGCAAUAAAACUGUGACAAUAAAACUACAGGCAGUCCUCGACUUACGACGGCAAUCGAUCCCCACAUUUCUGUUGCUGAGUGAGCAACAGUUCUUAAAACGAGUUUUGUUCCCCUCUACGACCUUUCUUGCCACGGUUGUUAAGCGAAUCACUUCAGUUGUUAAAUCAGUGGCAUGGUUGUUAAGUGAAUCUGGCUUGUCAGAAGGGCGCAAAAAGGGACCGUGUGACACACACACCCCCGACGCAACCGUCAUAAGUGUGAGUUGGCUUCCUAGCGUCUGAAUUUUUGAUCAUGUGACCAUGAGAAUAUUGCCAGGGUCCUGAUGUGAAGUCCCUUUUUUUUUCAGUGCCGUCGUAUCUUCAAACGGUUGCUAAAUGAACUCUUGUAAGUCGAGGGCUACCUAAUUCUGCUGAGUCAGCCAUGCUCUUUUUCACGUUAUCCUUGUCGCUCGCCCUUCUACUUGUUGGUGCCAAUAUAUCCAUGGCAUUUGCUUAGGGGAAAGCAUCUUCUGUUGAUACUAUUCUCUUCUGAUAUAAGUUAUUUUUGCUACGUCAAGAUCCGAUCCCAAAAUUUGGAAAUGAAGGGUGUGAUGGAUGAUCUCAAGUGAGUCUUUGCUCUAAAUCAGAGGUGAGGAAUUGUGGCCCCUUUAUGACUCGUGGACUUCAACUCCCAGAAUUCUUUAACCAGCAUGGCUGGCUCAGGAAUUCUGGGAGUUGAAGUCCACCAGUCAUAAAUAAGGGCCACGUUCCCAUGUUGGCUCAGGAAUUCUGGGAGUUGAAGUCCAGUCAUAAAUAAGGGCCACGUUCCCAUGCCGGCUCAGGAAUUCUGGGAGUUGAAGUCCACCAGUCAUAAAUAAGGGCCAUGUUCUCAUGCCGGCUCAGGAAUUCUGGGAUUUGAAGCCCACGAAUCAUAAAAGGGCCACGUUCCCAUGCCAGCUCAGGAAUUCUGGGAGUUGUCCAUAAGUCAUAAAAGGGCCAUAGUUUACCAUCCCUGCUCUAAAUCUUAGUCUCGUUAACCUGAUGCUCAGUGGAUUAUUAUUUAACUACGAAUCCAUUCUUGAGGAAAUAAUCUGAUUGCAAGUAUCCUUCAGGUUUACAACGAGUUGUACUUAAAACCAGUUGCAUUAUCCUGGCUAGAAAACCUUUAAAUCAAUAUUCACAUCUUCAGCGGUUGACCAAAACCUAUUGGAUUUGCACAAAAGCAUCGAUGCGCUUGAAUAAGUUUUUUUCUUAGUUUGCAAAACACAAUGCUGCCAUUUUAUCGAUUUAUCAGCUACCGAAGCGGAGAGGGACUCGCUUUUCACAGGAAAUUGUAAUUUAACUGUGUGUUAUAUGUCUGUUAACUGUUUGGUUUGGCUGUGAGCAUUUUGUACAAUAAACUCGAUUGUUCAUUUUGAACAAUAAAAGCAACAAAGCCCUUUUUAAAA